UGCAAUCAGGUUAUAGAGGGUUAAUGAUUUAAGUAAACGACCGCAUAUACCCGUUCAUCUCUCUGUAACUUGUUUGUUGUUGAGGCAGGUUCUAUACAUUUUUUUAAAGUAUCUUCUAUAUAAAUUCAGCAUUUAGUAAUUUCUAGCAUCAGUUCUUCUACAUUAUUAGCAAGAUGCCAAAAAGUAACGGAGUACAAAACAUAAAAGCGAAAAAACAAAAAGUAGAAAAAGUUUCGGUGCUGGAGCAACUUUUAAGUAAACCACAAGCUGUUGACCUGACCCUGGAAAAUCAGGAGCUGCUGGACUUUUUUAAUACGCCAUUUGACGUGGAGACAUCCUCCUCCACGUCCCAGCCUCAACCUCAAGCAAGGUCUAUGCCGAAUCUACAAAUGCUCCAGUGUCAACCGCAGCUACCCCAACAAACCAACCAACCGCAGCUACCCCAACAACCGCAGCUAUCUCACCAACUUCAGCAACCUCAAGAAAACUAUGAAGCUCGGUUUGCUUCAAUAGUGAAAACUAUGAAGCAAACCGACAAAAAAAUUCAAGGAAUAUACCAAGAUACAUUACACAAGAUACUAAACAAAAUAGCUCGUAGUAAUACGGAACUACCUAUAAAAUUUAGAAGUUGGGAAUUAAUUGAAUAUUCCACUUUAAAUAAUUCGACACGUCAUACUUGGCCAGUAAAAACAACUACAAAAUUAGAAAGUCUUCGGAAUAUUGUAGUAGCUUUCCAUGAUGGUCGAAAAGGAAAAAUGCUGAAAGAUAUGAGUAAAUUUGAUCACUGCAAUUUAAGAAAUAUUCGUAUGUUCCUUAAUUCUGAACGAUAUCCUUAUCAAAAUCUCAACUUAGACUUUGUCAGUAACCGCUUUGCAACAUUUUAUGAGAUGUUUGCUAAUUUCCAAGAAUCUUAUUACAGUCGAACCCCCUUAUUAGAAUCCCUGUUAUAGGAAUAUCCCGGUUUAUGGAAUAUAAAUUCAAGUUCCCGAAACAUUUCCAUUUACUCCUUAAUAAAUUUAUCUGUUUAUUGGAAUAGGAUCUAACUAGAUAAUACCGCUUAUUAGCAUAUUUUGCAGGUCAAAGAAUAUUUUUUUUUACAAUUUACUAAAAAUUUAAAUUAUGUUUGGUAUUAUGGUUUGUCGUCAACGGCCGGUAGUGCUGGAUUAGAUAUUAUUAGGGUAAUAAAUAUUUAUUACUUUGUUAGGAAUACCAAUUCGAUCUUUAGCAUAGCCGACAAAUGCAUGGGUCAUAUAAAAUAAUUUUUAUUUGUCUACACAAAGGCACUGUUGCCUGUUAUAAAAUUGUUAGAAGCAGUUUAGUUAGAAUUCACUCAGAGAGUACCUACUUGUUUGUAAGAUGGAAUUAUGGCUUUGUUAAAUUCGAAAAGAAGAGAAAAGAACAAGAAUGUAACAAUCCAUUUCUUGACGCCAAUAAAACUUCUAUUCAACCAAUGGAUUAAGGAUGACCACACAGAUUAACAACGAAAAAGCUAUAAUUACCAAUAAUUUCUCAAGAAAAAAAAAGUAAUUUUGUUAUAUAGGUAUGCAUUUUAAUAAGAAAAUAUUUACAUAUCUACAUAUUGCAUACAUUUCAUAUUAAUUAUAUAAUGUAUUCAUUCACAUACAUGUAAUGUAAUUUGGUAUUUAACCCAUACAUAGAUAAGUACUAGUUACACUACUGUAUUAUUGACGUAAAAAGACCUAAAACCAUUUACAUACACUGAAUAUGUAGGUACAUAUAAUAUGAUAUACAUAUUGGCAUAGUAUGUAAUAAAACUACAUAUUGGCAUAGUAUGUAAAACUACACAUUGGCACAGUAUGUAAAUAAUAUUAUUACGUAUAUUCGGUAACUUAUUUCGACUAGCCACCAAUGAUCGGUUAUUAGAAUAUCCCGGUUAUAAGAAUAUUUUUGCCUUGCACAAAGGCUAUUCCAAUAAGCGGGUUCGACUGUAUCACCUUCAAACUAAUCAACCAAUAUUUAAUCCAGAGGAAUUUAAAAAUAAUGCCCCCAUAGUUCAUACUGACUGUUCAAGACAAAAAGAAAUUAUUCAAAGUGAAUCUGUUGUUCUGAGAAUAGAGUUUGAAACCAGUAAAUCUGUGGGAAAUAAUGUUUCCGCAUAUUGUCUAAUAUUACAUGAAAAAGAAUUCUCUUACAAUCAUUUAACCAAAAUUGUAAGACAACAAUAAAAGGGUUGCAUCUUAUUCAGGAUGUCAGUUGUUACCAUGAAGCUAGUAAUAGACGUUCAAGGAUUUAAAAUAGAAAAUAAUAAAUUUAUAGUUAAAGAACUAGCUGCUUUCAAUGGAACACAAAUUUGCCAUUACGUGUUUAAGUCUCCGAAGAAAUCAUCACUGUAUUGAUUGGAAUUUUGGUUCGACACCCCUUUAUCAUUUUGUAAAUAUUAUAAAAGAUAUUACAAGAAACGCCGAUGCAGUUUACGUCAAAGGUUUGGAAAAGAAAAAUGAUUUAAAAAAAUACAUUGCUGUUCCUUUAUACGAAUUGGAUGAACAACCAGCAUUAGAAGUUAAGGAACCUGCUUGUUUUUAUCAUAAUAGUGAAAAAUGUAUUUGUG